AAACAGAACUUUCCGGAUAUAACUCUUCAUCUCUUAAUUCUUCAAAAGCGCUAGAACCAAACCUGCAUAUAGCGUCAGAAAAUUUUCAGUUUCUCUUAGAUGCGGCCGAUCAGCAACCUAACGUUUCUGAAAUGAAGGAAACUGACUCGAAUCAUGACGGUCCUGCUGUAUAUAAUGCAGUGAAAAAUAUUACACAAGAUGAAGAAGAAAUACUCUUCGAAAAUAAAACUGCAGACUGCAUAAAUGAAGAAAUUUUUAGUGAGUCCAAUGAAACAGAAGAGUCUCCUGCUGAAAACAUUCGAAAUGUUCCUGUCUCUUCAGCAGAAAUCAGUUCAAAUCAACACGAACACAUUAGAUUACGACCGUAUUUAAUGCUUUCAUUGAACCGGAAACAUAUUCUUUAGUAUCGGAAAUAAUAUAUGAAGAAGAGCCUGACUCAACAGAUGAUCUGUCAGAAAGUGCUUAUAGUAUAGACUCAGAUACAACGUCAACUGAAGACGAACUUUCUGAUGACAUGAACAAAAAUCAAAUAUUUGACGAGUCUGAUAUCGAUGAAAAUAUGUUAAUAAUGGCUCAAUAUCAACCAGAAAAUGAUGAAACAUACGAAUUGGUAUCAAUCACUGCAACUUCCACUUAUCCUGAUAUUAAAUCAUACAUAUCAGAUUUGAUAAUAAAAUCGGAUACGAUGUCAAGUGUUUCUGACGAUCUGCCUGCGACAAGUUGGAACAAACACGUAGACGAAAUUUCUGCAUUCAAUAAUUCUAGAGAAAGAGUCGAAGAAAAAAUUAUUCGAGUGCAACCUGAAAGUGAUCUUGGUUUAUAUGAAGAAAUAGCAGAAAAUGAAUUGGACGUACAGGUAUUUCAAUUUGAUGAAAGGAAAUAUGAAGUGAAUACGAAACUUUCGCAACUUAAAGAUGUUGUGGGAGAUGCAAUUGGAUCAGAAAAACUUGAAGAAGAUUUUACGAUGUCAAGUAUUUCUGAAGAACUUUCUGCGACAAAUAGGAAUAAACACGUAGAUGAUAUUUCUUCAUUUGAUAAUUAUAGCAAAAUAGUUGAAGAAAAAGUUAUUAAAGUGCAACCUGAAAGUGUUCUUGAUUUAUGCCAAGAAAUGGCAGAAAAUAAAUUGGAUUCACUUUUGUUUGAUGAACAUAAAUUUGAAGUAAACACAAAUCUUUCACAACUUAAUUAUGUUGUGGAAAAUUCAAUUGGAUCAGAAGAAUUUCAAGAAGGUAAGAUCACACAAAUAGUUCAUCUGUUAUGUAAAAUUUAAUUUUCUAUUUUUCGUAUAACUUAAACUUUUUAUUAUCUUUCGUUAAUAGUUAUUAC